GCUUUUGUAUUUUGGUUUUUUCCAUCUCGUGAUGUGGGAGAUAGAGAUAGGUGUCAUUAAUGCAUCCCUCGUUCUUUUUCUUUUUGAUAUCUCCUCCAGCGAAAGGUCGUAGGUGUCCUGAAGAUGCGGAUAAGAGGUACAACAACAGGUCAAAACUGUACCGCGACAAGCUGUGGGCUCUCGACUGGGUCGGAGUGCCCGGCGAGCCCGGGUGCGGUGCUGCUGUAUUCUUGACGGAGGACGAAGGGACAACCUGGUAUUGUUGUGGUGGCAUCAUCAGGUCUGAAGUUGACAAGGCCAUGGCGGACAAGGGUAAGGUCGACGACCGAGAUUUGAGGAAAUUCUUCCUCACUUCGGUGUACGAUGAGCAGGGUACGAACUGGGUCAAGACUGACCAYAAGGUCAGCCUUGAMAUUGCKCUGUUCAAGGGGUAUGGUCAGAAGGCAUUCGGUAUGAAAGCCUUCAGCAGCAAGCGGGACGGGAAUGCUUUGAGGAUGCUCUUACCCAUUGAAUUCCUCACCAAGACCAAUGGGUAUAGGAGAAGUGGUCAAUACCCGACGGUCUCCGCUGGUUACCAGCUCUUGUUGCCUCUUGAGUCGUUCGACGCUCCAGGAGAAAGUCUCGCAGGCUUGUCAGCAUGCUCUAGCGAUUGGCGGCAGGAUGUCUCGACUCCGCAACCAUCUGUGUCCGCGAAGGAGAAACUCAUUACUUACCAGAGGCGUCCGAGCGGUGGGUCAUCGGGAAACGUUCCGAAGAAGAAGGUGCUCGACAAACCACCUUUCAGUCUUCCGGGAAGCUCGCGUGUCGGUAGAAGCUCGCGCUCGCGGGACACCUCCCAACGUCGAAUGGACGAGGAGUCAAGCGAGAAGACGGAGGACGAUGAACGGAUUCGCCGAUUGCAAUCCCAGUCACUAGCCACGCGAAGGUUCACCCAGGGCGAGGGCUCUUGCGAUGUGAAUGCAGAGCGGGAGGAUAGUAGAGGUGACGAAGCCCGGGCGAGGGGCAAUGGAGAAGACGAUGAGAAUGAAGGAGAAUGUGGUGGUGGGCAGGACCACAUGGAUUGCGAAAAGGCAGCGGCAAGUGGCGGGGUGCUCGGUGGUAAUGUGGGUGGUUCGGAGAUGGAAGACCAGGAGAUGGAAGAUGAGGAAAUGGAAGACGAGGAAAUGAAAGACGAAGGACAAGAUGUCGAUGUUUCCGCGGAGCUUACUUCGAAGGGGAGGGGAAAAUGCACAGUGGAAUCGUCGCCGAAGAAGCCUGUGCGGCCGUCGAGGCACCCGAAAUCGGAUGACUCGAGCGACGAUGSUGAAGGGGUGGCCCCUCGUUUGCUCUCCAUCCCUGACGACGACGAACCGGAGACGAAGAAACCCAAAGCGGUGAACAUGACGCAGUGCUUCUUCCUCGAGUACGACGAGGACGGCAAAAAGAGAAAGGACCCGCCUAGGGUGGUCAUUGACGUCAUGCAGAUUCUUCCGAUUCCGGUGGGAGAGAUCACCUUCAACCAGCGAGCGCUGAACCCGGCCAUCGUCGCAGGCAUCGAAGCGGCAAUCGAAGCAUCAACUCGCCCACAGUCCGUGGAUGAUCCGGCUCCGUGGGAUCCACCGGAGUUGGUGAUGGCUCCGAUUAAUCCAUCAAAGGACGCGGACGAACAAGGAACCUGUGUCCUUCCAGAGGAUUUCGACCCCGAACGGGCAGAUGAGUUUUUCUAUUACCCGGUUGCCGGUCAACAUUCUUCCGAAGCUAUGAAAAGAGCGGUGGCGAAGAACUCUGCAGCGGUGGAGGUGUUCGGCUUUCGGAAUUAUGAUCGUGUACGGAUCAUUUAUUUUGACAAUGACCAUACAAACGGGUACCAUUAUGUUUCCACAUAUGACAACACGCGAGGUGACCGUGCUAUGUUGCCAUCGUUCCACCAAGCCUGCGUGGACAUCAGAGGAUUUUGGGACAGCAAGAAACGGAUCGGGUCUGUGGGGAACGUGUCCAAAGGGGAUCCCAAAGGCUUGGAGCACCAGAAAACAUGGAGGGAAUUUUUGAGUUCGUGCAUGGGGAAGUCGUGUGAGAAAGCAUUGUGGACCGAGUGUAUCUCUGGGAAGUGGCAGCAGGACUGGACGAAAAGAAUGAGGGGGUACAUGAAUGUCGCCAGUUGCAAGGACCCGGUAUGGACACUGGUUAAGGAGGUUUUUGAUAAGUAUGAGGCGGGGGAGUUGCCGCUGCACGACAACAAAUGCCCAAAGGACUUGCCCGGAAAGCAGGAAGGACGGGUGCCGGGCCAAUACACUGAAGAGGUGCAGGGGAAGAAGGAGCUGUUCCAUUGCAUAGCGGCUAAGGACGGGGGACCAAACGCUACCGUGUUCUUCAAAGAUCUCAUUGCAUCAAACUUCAAAUAUUUUGGAAAUAUGACGAGGCCAGAGAAGGAAAUUGCAUCGCGGUUGAUGAUAGAUAAGAAGGUCAUCGCCACUACCCGACUGGUUCCUCUAGGGAAGUUGAACAUGAGCAACCUCCUCGACAUCAUGCAGCGGGAAAGAUACAUGAUGCAUCUGUUCAACUACAUCGUCUUCAAAUCGGAAAACAAAAAGGGGAAAAAAUCGAAGGACGGGAACUUCAUCGACUACGAAGGGUUGGAGAAAAGGUUCGGUGUGAAGGCAGCCGAAUGGAAUGAGGAGAGGGAUAAAAUCCCUUUGGAAUAUGUCAGGAGGGUUCCUAAAAGACUCGGCGGAGAGCAAGAGGAAAAAGGCCUAAAAGGAGCUGGCUUGAAGGCCACCGAGCGUUAGUUGCGGCGGUUGAAGAACGCUGCCCUUAAUCUUWGCUGGGAGAAGAAACAGCGACGGUCGACAUUGCUACCGGUCAACAUGCAACCGAAGGAGUUGCUGCCUGCAGGCGACGAAAUUGUGACUACGGUCACGAACUUGAAUUGCAAGGCGGCCAUCUUGGAUCUCGCCAACCCGAAAAACUGCCUUGUAUGGACGCCAUCCGAUUUCGAUGCUCUGCGCAAAAUGAUGACGAAAUUGUGCGGUAAUAAUUGGAUUCUGAUUGUAUUUGCUCUGCAAAAACAGCACAAGGCCGUCAUGAAGCAACUUUACAACUGGGAUGAUGCAGAGGUGCUACUCGGGACUUGGAAGCGUUAUCUCGCAUUCGGAACGGCUGUCAGCAAGUAUGGAAACUGGCAAGUCGAUUAUAAGGACACGAUGGCGGUCGUCCUGCAUGCUGAGGGGGGCGAGCUCAGGAAGGAAGAAGAAGUUCGUACGAAAUCGACGGGUGCGAGCAGUCCAACGCGUGACGUGACCGACAGGGCGAGUUCCAUUGAACACAUGCAAACGGAUUCGCUUACGCCAAUUCAAGCACUUGAGAAUGUACUGAUUCAUGACAAUCGUCAAGGGUUCCGGAAAAAGGUUCAAUCUCGAGGAAACCCGGUCAACGAAAUGCGGUCAGACGAUGACGAGGAUGACUUUGCGGUUCCAAAUGCCCUCCCGAAGCUGAUGCCCGGUGAUGAUAUCCCUUAUAGCAUUGCGCAGGCCAGUGAACAGCCGUACUUCAUUCCAGACAAGGUGCUAGAAACGACGUCUGACAAGUGGGGGCAUCACAUUUUGUGGCAUAUGGACCUAUUCGAGCCAUGCAUUGUACAGGGGAAGUGGAUGAUGGCAGUCCAUCUAACAAAAGGAUGGAAAGUCAGAGCCAGACUGGAUGAAGCCUCGUGGCUGAAAUUGGCGAAGAGCGAAAUCGUAUUUCGUGUUAGGAAAGAAAACGACGGAGCGGACGAAGCAACUAUUGAGGAAAAGGCUCGAUUGCUAUUCGAAUGUCUUCACUCCAAAAACCGACUGGAAUAUAAACACGGAUUCUAUGACUUGGAGUCAAGUCGGUCAUACAAGAGCAUCAACUGGAAGAUCGAUCUUCCCCAAGCAAGCCAUGGCGUUGAGACAAUCCGGUUGGGAUGCUCACAGAUUGGGGGGGAGUCGAACACGCGGUUUGCAACGAGUGUUGGGGAAGCGAUGAGUCAGACAACCAGCAAGAUAAUGGAGGCAACCGAGGUUCCACGGAAUGUCGACAAAGUGUCAUCGAACGUUACAUUGUACGGACCUCCUCUAAUAACCGAGCAGCUUGCUACUCGCGAGGACGUUGUGUCCUCUCUUCUGGACUUGAGCAUGCUCCACGCUCGUCAGGUGCGACUCACCCUCCAUGUCGCUGUACUGCGUCGCCUUCUUGCCAUCCUCUUUGACCCUGAUCGCACCCUCCCGAUCAUCUCAGUACAACUCGGGACCACCACGAGGGUGUACUCAGCGCUGUGGGAUUCCGGUUCUCAGGGCGACUUCAUUCACCCACGCGUGGUGAAGGAAGCCCGCUUACCCACGACAGGGUCUCCGACUCCCAUCUCCGUUACCCUAGGGGAUGACAAGACCCAACGCUUCUUCGAUCAGACGGUCAUCGACCUCCCCUUCUUCCUCACUCUCGAGUCGACUGAUCGUUCCCCGGCGUCUCGUCGCCACCGCUCCUCUGCACAUUUCGAUGUGAUGGAGACGGGGUAUGACUUCAUUCUCGGCACUCCGUGGUCUCGUCGGUUCCGCAGCACCGAGGCCGAUUGGGCAACCAACACUCUCGUUAUUAAAACGAAGUGUGGACAGACGUAUCGCGUACCUUUCAUAGGUACCACGACGAUACCACGCCCCGAUCCUCCUCCCCCGGAGCYKUCASUGCCCACACCAUCYCCCUCUAUCACUGUCACCUCGCCUCGGCAGUUCGCUCACUUCAUUCGACAGGACGACGUCACCUUCUUUAUGGCGGACGUGACGGAUCUCUUACACUAUGAUCCACCCUGUCCCGACCCCGAGCUCAUCCCUCUGGAGUCAGAUCCUCCCUCUAUCUCCAUGGCUCCCAUCUCUACUUCCGUCUCUCCGCCGUCCGUCGAGUCCACCCCGCCGUCGGGCGCUGACGCUGACGUUGAGGAACUCGCACGAUAUACGGCUGACCUGGAGCCCGCAGUUCAUGACCUCAUCCGAGAGUACCAAGACGUUUUCCCAUCGUCGUUCUCGUAUGCCGGCAUCCCACCGAUGCGUGACGUCGAGCACUCCAUUCAGUUUGUGCCUGACUAUCGUGUUCACCACCAGGCACCCUACAAACUCUCGAUUCCCGAGGCCACCGAACUCAAGCGUCAUCUUGAGGAGCUCCUGAGACUGGGUUUCAUUAAACCCAGCAACUCCCCGUGGGGUGCACUCGUCCUCUUUGCUCGCAAAGCGGAUGGAACUCUCUGUCUCUGCAUCAACUAUCGCGGUCUCAACUGCUACACGGAAGAAGGCGUGUUGUAUGAUGGGAAGGUGGGAGUGAUCUUCGCGAUCGCGGAUAGUCGAACUAGGCAGAAGUAUCGACUAGAUAAUAUCCAGAUGAAUAAGAUCAUCGAUGUGGGCGACAGUGAGACUGGGCAGGUGCAAGAAGACGAACAGAAGAACUCAUGUGCCUGGGAGAUACCGAAGUUGUGGAAAUUGUGUACGUUGUUCACCGACCUACGGAGGGAGUCGACUGGCGUUGAUGGGCUUAUUGAGGAGGUGUUACGGCUUAUUGUUCUCCGUCUCUCUUUGGAAGGAAAAACAGCGUCUGGCUCCGCCCCCGAAAAAUGGUACAGCAAGUCUAAGCUCUACCACGAUAAACCAUGGGCUCUUGAUUGGGUGGGUGACCUUCAUAUGCCGGGUUGCGGAGCCGUUGUCUUUUUUAGCGAUGACAAUGGCCUGAGUUGGUACUGCUGCGGAGGGGUGGAGAAAUCGGAAGCGGGGAGGUUUACCUACGACGGCAGGAAGUUCAGGACCUUCUUCCUUACGUCUGUCUAUGACAGAGAGGGGAUAAACUUGGUCAAGGAAGACAAGAAGGUGUCUCUUGACCAUCGACUCUUCCAAGGAUACGGGAUCAAGGCUUUGUCGAUGAAAGCGUUUGACGUGCGCGGGAACGGAACGGAGUUCCAAAUGAUGGAUCCGGAAAAGUUUCUUUCCAAAACCAAUGGCUACCGCGUGACUGGUUCCCUACCUGUCGUCGACAGCGCUUUCAUGCUCAACAGACCUUUGGUCCAAUUCAACAGCCCGACGGACCAACUCGCAGCAUUCGUUAUGCAAUACAGGGAAGAGUUCGCGAGGCUGCCUGCUGCCCAGCAAGUUGACCAUAUUUUCGUGCCGAUUGACGCCCCGUCUUCGUCGGCUGCAAGGCCCAAACGGCUCCAGGAUCAGCUGCCCAGAGCGGGUGGAAAGAGGACGCAAUUCGCGACUGCCCCGUCUUCGUCGGCUGCGGUUGUCCAGGCUCUGCCCGCUCCGGUUCGGCCCUCGGAUCGGAAAGGUCGCGAUGCGGCCGAGCAGUCUAGCAAGGCCACAGACUACGACGACGGAGCUGUGCGCUAUGGGGCUGGUCCCCGACAUCAUUCCCGGAGAGGUGCGGGUGCCUUCGAUGACGACGAAUGCGAGGGCCAAGAUGGGGAGGGCGGUGGUUGGCGUGGGGUGGGCGGUGGUGAGGAGGGGGAGGGCGGUGGUGAGGAGGGGGAGGGCGUGUUGAGGGGGACGACGGUAACGAAGGAGAUGCUGAAGUGGAUCGACAACAACAGGAUCGAGGCACCCAAAGCUAAGGUCAGCAAGAAGGAUGUCGUCGCCGUUGCGCAUUACAAAACGUGGCAGAACUUCCUGAGGGCCUGCAUGAGGAAGGCGUGCGACAAGGCAUUCGUGAAACAGGCACUCGACAACGAAUACAACAAGGAUUGGAGUAACAAACUUUGGGGAUACCUAAGCCUUGCCACGUCCACCCGCACGGUUUGGCCGCUGGUGGAGAAGUUCUUCGCGAUGUUCGAGGAGGGUAAGCUGCCAAUCGGCGACGGGUUAGAGACUAAUCCCUAUAGUCAGGAGCAGCAAGAAAAGAUGGCCGCCUUAGUCAGAGAGAACAGGGAGAGGAAAGAGCGUGAGAAGCAAGCGAAGCUAAAGGAUAUCGCAGACGAACAGGCGGCAAAGAUGAAGAGAUUGGAGGAGGAGAUGAAGAAAGUACAACAAGAGGAGGAAGAAAGAAGAAAAUUUGCUGAAGCAGAAGCGGCAUCAGAAGAAGAGAAAGAGAGGAUGAGGAUUGAGAGUGGAGAAGGGAGUAUUGGUGGCAUGAUGACGAGGGAGACAGAUACUGAGAUGGAGAAGAGGAUCAGCGAGUGGGUCGCUAAUUUAUCGUUGGGAGAAGACGAGGAGGCGGAGUCCUAUGUGACUAAGGAUGAGAAGGCUGCGCUGACCGCUGAGCUAGCAGCCAUGACAGACCCGAUGGAACGAAGAGAGAGGGAAGACGAGCAAAAGUUAGCAUGGAAGUUGAGAAUGAAGAGGGAGAAGAAGAGGAGGAGAGAGGAAGUGAAUACGAUGACCGCAGCAGUGGCAAAGGUGCAGGAGUGUAGACCGGAGGUGCUGGCCCAACCADACGAUAAGGCCAAGUGGGACAAAGUACUGGGGUACCUGGAGGUGUUGAGCAAGGCCUGGAUGGAGGAGCGCCAGGCAAGCUGGAGCCAGGAUGUGGCGUUGAGUGCCAUGCGGUCAGGGUUUAGGAAUUUUGCGCGCGAAAUCGCCGGCAUGACUUACGAUGUAUUGAGUAGAGAAUUCAUCCUGUAUGAGUCGAAGUCUAUGCCAGUUACCACUUUCUGGCAUAAGGACCUGGAGAAGGGGAAGAAGUGGAAAGAUCGUACCAUCUCGGGCCAAAUCAAGGCCAAGGAUCACUUGAUCCUGACAUUAGAGGAGGGUGGUAUAGAAGAGGUCCCAUAUGAUCAGAUUGAGUGGGGCCUAGGGGAGGAGUACAAUUGUGUAGGGCAGGGGAAGUCUUACGCUGCUGUCGCGGCCGGAGGGAGGCCGCAAGGUAGAGGAGGAGUCCAGGGCCAAAGGGGUCAGGCCAUGGGAAGCCGAGGACCGGGCCCACAGGCGGUUGGCGGACAGGGAAACCGCCAAGCGGGAGGUCCGCUGCCUGCGACAACCGCUUUUCUCCCCUGGAGAAUCCGGUCGAAGCCCAGUCCAGAGCACAACCCAUGUUGCGGAGCGGAUUGGUUUGCCCGUUCGUCCUGCAUGGCCGACACAAAGAGUCGAGAUAGUGAUGCCGUCGUACCUCGAUUUCGGAGGGUCGAAGGAGCAGGGGCAGGAGUACCUGGGGGAGGAAUAAGAGUGGAGGCGGGAGGGACCAUGGUGGGGGCCGGAGGAGGUGGAGGAGGAGGGGCCCGUGAGGAGGUGGCAAGAGGUGGUUGGACCUCGUGUCGGAAUCGCAUCGGCCAUGUGCGAGGUGAUGUUCUUAUGAACUUGCAUGAGAUUGCUCCGUCCUCUUCGCAACACGUCGAUUCUUGGUUUGCAUUAAAUACAAGCAGGCGGAGGCCGGCGGAGGCAGGCGGAGGCAGGCGCAGGCAGGUGGAGGCAGGCGCAGGCAGGCGGAGGCAGGCCGACGCAGGCGGAUGUAUGAGGAGGCCGGCGGAGGCCGGCGGAGGCCGGCGGAGGCAGGCGCACGCAGGCGGAGGCAAGCGGAGGCAGGCGCUGGCAGGCCGACGCAGGCGGAUGUAUGAGGAGGCCAGCGGAGGCGGGCGGAGGCAGGCGCAGGCAGGCGCACGCAGGCGGAGGCAGGCGGAGGCAGGCGCUGGCAGAUCGACGCAGGCAGGUGCACGCAGGCGGAGGCGGGCGGAUGGACGUGGGGGUAGGCGCAGGGUUGGUGGAUGGAUGCAGGGUGGCAUAGGACAGUCGCGAAUGACGCGUCUGUUCUGGGCAAGGGCCGACCGUAAAGUAAGCCUUGAUUACAAUCUGUUCAAGGGGUAUGGCGGUGAUGACGAUGGAUGGCAAGAGCGGUCGGCUGAUGUGGGGGUCGACGACGCAACAGGAAAGCGGUCGGAGGCCAGUGUGCAGAAAAGGAAGCGACAAUCUUCAACAAGUCCAACGGCGGCGGCGGAUAAGCGCGCUGCGAAGAAACUCAUUGUCGCUACAUCUCGACAGGCGCUCAAAGCUUCUCAAGAGGCGGUCGCUGAAAGCAUGGUGGAUGAGGGUGACUCUGGAGAGGAUACCGAAGGGGUUCCUCCAAGAGAUAUGUCGGAACACACACAACCUUCUGCCGACACCCGUGAUGAAGCUAUGGACAAACCACGGUGCUUCUUCUUGGAGUUCAAUGAAGAUGGGUUUGCAAAGAAGAAAAGGGAACACAUUGAAGUGGACGUCACAAAGAUCUUGCCAAUCCCUGAAGGUGACAUCCUCUUCAACCAUAGAACGUUGGACGAAACGUUAAUGCAGUCCAUAUAUGAUGCGAUCCAUCAUGCGGCCAAGGAAACCAACGGGAAGUGGGAUUUCAUGAAUUUAAUCCUGGCUCCCAUUGUGCCCAACAGGGACGGGUCUCAAGGCAGACGGAUCACACCGGAGCAAUUCGACGUCGAACUGGCUCAUACAUACAACUGGUAUGCCAUCGCUGGCCAGCACACGGCUGAGGCAAUGAAUAGACUCAUUAAAGACAAGUCACCGACCGAGAAAGUGUAUGGCUUGAGGUCAUACUCUCACGUACGUGUUGUCUACUUUGACGAUGACAGAAAGAGAGGAUAUCCGUACGUCCCGACGUUGGUCAACACGAGGGAGGAGCGUUCGAUCCUGAGAUCGUUUUCAUCAUCUGUGCGCCAAAUUAGAACAUUUUGGGAUAAGAGAAAUGGCCGGAUCCGUCUGCUAGGGACCGUGUCCCCGAAUGACGUCGAGGGAAUGAAACGGAAAAAGAAACGGGAAGAAUUCAUGAGCGCCGCCUGCAAAAUGACACCUGAUUCCGGUCUCAUGAACUCGUCCCUGGAGAACGACUAUUGCAAGGACUGGACGAACAAGAUGCGCAGAUACAUGAAUCUUGCGCAAUGCGGCGAAACAGUAUGGCCACUAGUAGAGAAAUUCUUCGACAUGUACGAGAAGGGGCUAUUGCCGCGAGUCGACGGUGUGAGAUACAUCAACCUGUCGGGGAAAGUGGAAGGGAGACUGCCUGGGCAAUACUUCCUUAAGGACAACUCUGGUAAAAAAGUCUUGUUCCUCUGCAUCAAGGCCAGGAAGGGGCCAUCAGGCGCAACGGUGUCUAUACCUGACUUGACGCCGACAAUCUUCAAGCUGUUCGGCGAUAUGACAGCGAGAGAGAAGCAAGUGGCGCUUCACCAGAUGAUGCGUGGUGAUGUCAUCGUGACAUCACAUUCAGUACCUCGUGGUAGAUGCAACAUGGCGGACCUGGUUAAAUAUACUCGGCGUGAAAGAUAUAUGGUCCGUAUGUUCAACUACAUAUUGUUCAAGGCCGAGGGGAGGUCAAAAGAAGAGUGGAGCGCUGAGUUUUUCAUCGGUUAUACGACCAUCUUGGAGAGGUACAGCAAAAACGGCCUGACGGACGAGAAAUGGACCGAGGAACGCGACCUCAUCCCUGACGACAAGGCGAGGAAGGUGUCGAGGCAUUUGGGCGGUCCUGAUGAGAUUAAUUGUGAGAACGGUGCGGGACUGGAGGCAACCCAAGGCAUGUACAAGAUUACCACGAUCCUGCCAUUUGAAAUCGAACCGAAGGGAGUGCUCACCGACAACGAGGAGGUUGUUGGUACGGCGAGGGGGAUGAAGAUACGGGCAACCAUUCUUGAUAUGUCAACAUCACCGAAAUGUGUUCCGUGGGAUGAUGACGCCUUUUCCAAACUGUACGCUUUCCUCAUGACAUGCUGUGGCGAAAACUGGGCCUUGAUCAUUUUCGCGCCGAUGAAACACCAGAAACAGGUGAUGCAGAGUGUGUACAUCUGGGAUGAUGUUGAGGUGCUUACAGGGUCAUGGUACAGACACUAUACACCUUCGACAACCUUGAACAAGUACGACAACAUUGCAGUUCGGUACACUGACAUGAUGGCUAUUGUCCUCCACGCCGAGAACGACAAUUUGGACAAUAUAACGGUUACGCCGAAAUCGCGAGCCGAGUUGACAAAUUUGAACGUUGAAGAGGGUGAAUUUGUGAGGUGCUCAGGGGAGUGUAUCGGCGUGGAGGGUGACACCGACGCGGUUUAUUCUUGGAUGGAACGAGAGUCAGCACGUCUUCGAAAACUGUGCAGCUCGUUCAUCAGGGAGGACGAUGACGCGAUGCUGUUGGGCAGGGCGCAUGCGGGACUGAUUUGGGAACUCGCACGCGCCAGACACCACGUGUUUGCGUGUGACGACACGACAAAAGAGCUCACAUACCUUUCCAAGUUUUUGGAGUUUUAUGUGAAGGAUCCGAGAAACAAAUGCAGGUUCGAAAAACCCCAAGUCGAGCACCGCAAGGACCGGGACAUUUACUAUAAUCUCGGCAGGAAGAGGGAGAAAGUGUGGGCUUACUUGUUCGGUGACGCUCCACGGUCGGCGGUUGAUAACGAAUACGUCAUCAGAAAAAGUGAACUCGAGAUAGCAAUGAACCAAUACCACGGAUCGCACAUGGGUGUUUUCCACAUAUUCGUCGCACGUUGUGAGCAUCUGUAUUUCAAUAUGAAGAAAAUAGCACUGUCAUGCAAGGAUUAUGCGGACUUGGUACGUAAAGCGGGGAACUUCAACAACAUCGAUUGUGACGAAGAUACGUCAGACUCUGACCUGGACGCUCCGUCGCGUGCGACACGACGUUCGGCGCAGGGAGCACGUGCCGAGGAGCCGCAAGGGAUCACCAACGCAGAAGCGGAGAAGGAGAGGUCGAGUUUGGGAGCGACACAUGCGAGUGAGGGAGACGUGGAACAGAGAAUGAAUGCAAGGGGAGAAAAUAAUGGUGUACCAACGAACCCGGUGGGUGCGAGUGAGGGAAUUGUUAACUCACGGGGCAACACAGGGGGAGGAGAGAAUGGGUGUGAAAUGACCCCGCCGACAGCUGGACCAUCAUCGACACAUGCACCGCAGGCCGAGCAGCAACUCACGUCGAUGGACACAGAUAAAGAUGAAGACAUGGAUAUGACAGCAGUCAUGUCGAAGCUCGUGCCAAGAAAACCGUUACCUCAAGGCUUUGCUCAAGACCCUUCAGUGCCAUACUUGUUGCAAGACAAGUACAAGGAGUCAUCGGAGAAGGACUGGGGUCAUCAUAUUCUCUUGCAUGAGGGCGUGUUCGAACCGUGCGUGUUUGCGGGCAAGUGGCAAAUGGUUGUGAAGACAAGAGACCGCAGGUGAGUCGCGAAGGAAAGAAAGGACGCUGCGAUAUGGCACAGUGUGACGGAGACACAACGUUUUUGGCGGGUUGCACAAGAAAAUGUCGGUGCAACCGAGGUGGUUGUAACGGCAAAGGCGAAAGCUUUGUUUGAGCAACUGCGUGCGAACAAAUAACUAGAAUUCAG